AUAGGUCAAACAGGUAGCUGCGUACCUUUCUACAAAUUGGCGGGCUCUGACCAAAGAGACCUCAGUCCUUUUCAAACCGCUGUAGAGUUGCCAUCGAGUUUUAGUGAAGUAAAUUAAUACGAAGGUGUUCGAAAAAAAUUUUUGUUUUUCUUUGAUAUUAUAUAAUUUGAUCAUCUGAAUAAAUUCAAAAUGUCUUACAAUAAUUUGGAACAAGCAUGCAAAGAGUCUACCCCGUCGGUCGAGCAGCCAAUGUAUCCGUCUUCACCUGAGAGCAUGAGUGAAAACAAUUAUAAUCAACCAUUAAAUCGUGAUCAGUUACAUCUUUUUGAUGCUGACCAAAAGCAGCAAAAACAAGAUUAUCGUCAAAAAAAUACAUCAUCUCUGCAAAAAGUGGAGCAAGCUAGCACGGAAGAAAAAACUCGGAAACGAAGAGUACGGACAGCAUUCACUACUGAGCAACUCAAUGAGCUGGAGAAGGUGUUCUGUGACAAUAAUUACGUAUGUCGACCAACGAGAAUCAGCACUGCAUCUCGAUUAAACCUCAGUGAAAAACAGGUGAAGGUUUGGUUUCAGAAUCGACGAAUGAAGGCAAAGCACGAAAAAUCGAAAAUUGCAGCUACCAACGGCAAGAAAAUUUUAUAUCCUUCGAAAGUAAAAUUAAGUCAGUUCGUUGCCACAGAUGCCAUAAAGGGUGGAAGAGUAAACACAUCCGGAUUAAGUGCCACCGUACAUUAUCAUCAGUUACCACCAAAUCAAGAUAUGAAUGCCAAAAACGACGGUAACUGUUGUAGAAAUGAAAUCAACGACCGAACAGCAUACAGUGGAAGUAUGCCUAAUGGCAACAUUUACAACGAUUCUCCUGACGUUAAAAUAUACAAUAACAAUAAUUAUUAUUAUCAAGCGGUCGAUGGGUUCAAUAAUAAUUGUACUAAUAAUUAUAACUUUGGUUAUUAUGUAAACCCUAACGAAUUCGCAAAUUAUGACUGCAAACAGUACAAUGCUACUACUGAAUAUCCGGCUAACAAUAGUAAUUUGUACGAAGUAGCUCAGACCGCAGAUCAAACUAUUAACUCUUUUGAAGAUAUCAUACCAUCGAUUGAGUUCAACAACGAAAUCGAUGGGUUCAAUUUUUUAAGCACCGCCCUCAAUGCCUUUUAAUUUCAAUAAAUAAUAAGAUUUAACAGUUGUAGUUGUGUAUUAAGGCUGAUAUUUUUGACUUUUUAAGUCAUAUAAAAUAGGGAUCAUGUAAAUAAUGAUCAAGUAUUUGAUUCAUGCGUGAUAAGUGUGAAAACUCAGUGGAUAAAUUAUAAUUAACUAAUUAGUGAAGAUGUAAAAUACUAAAUUUAAUUUAAUAUCUAAUAAUAUAUUACAAAUACUAUUGAUUAUUUAGUAUGCAGUUUUUUAUACUUUUUAAAAUUACUUAUUGGAAUAUUUAUAUUAAUUAAUUUUUCU